AUGACAAGCACCCCAACUGAGGUCGUGAAGCUUCAAGAUUCCUGCAACUGCUUAAGCUGGGAUUUUCCAUUUUGCAAGCAGCUUCCAGAUUGGGAAAAUGAAUUAUCCUGUUACAAAGAACUAAGUGAGGACUUAACCUGUACCUGGCUGCCAGCACCCAGUGCUCCAAAUUUUAUUAAUUACACCUUAUUCUUAAAAUGGGAGAGAAUCACAAAACUUUUUAGAAGAAAUACAUCAUCACCUUCCAUCACAAUAGAACGAAAAAAUCUCUACAUGAACCGUUCUGCAUCUAUUUGGAUAGCAGUGAACUAUGCCCAUGCCAGCUGUGUGAAAGGAAAGAACAUCUCAGUUACACCAAGAAAAGCAGGGAAGUGUUUGACACCAUCUAACAUAAAAGCAUAUCAGAUCACAAAGCAAUUGGUAAUAAAAUGGAACUUACCCACAACACUUACAAAAUAUGAGUUGAGAUACAGAGAGGCACUAACAGAAGCCCCUCAAUGGACAAGGGUACCCAUAGAAAGCAAUGCUGUCAACAUCACUGUUUCAAAUGCUACAUCUUCGUAUAUCAUUCAGCUCAGAUGUAUAAACAAGGAUGGUCUUCACUGUGUUUGCAUUUGGAGUAGAGAGAUGUUGGUCCCUCACAAGCUCAUGAACAAGCCAAGAAUAUCAUACAGUGCAACUACAGAAAUAUCACCAGGCAGAAGAAGUCUUCUUCUUAAGUGGGAGGUAAUGCAAAGUGAGAAUGCCAUUGGAUACUACAUUGAUGUUGAAAGAAUACCCAAUAGUUGCAGGAAUUCACCAGAUCGCAUCAUUCUAAAGGACAGAGAAGUUCUUCUGAAUAUCUCUAUGGCUCACCAUAGGAUUAAUAUUUCUGCCUAUAACAAAGCAGGACAAUCUCCACAAACCAUCUACACUGUACCAGACUUCUCUGCAGCAGAUUUGCCUGGCCAAAUCAAGGUUAAACCUCAGGGAACUAAUGUAGUCAUCACCUGGAUUCCAGAAUACAGUCCAAAAUGUUUUGUGGUUGACUGGGGCACUCAUAAAGAAGACAUGCGCAUGAAAAUUGUAGCUACGGAUGCUGGAAAUUUCACUUUAGACAAUAUUAAUCCGUAUAAGCUGUACAAAAUCAUGGUGCAUGCAUCUGAUGUGUGUCAGUGUGAAAGUUUCAGAGCACAUGAAAAGACUUUUGGAGUGUCCCACUUCUACUCAGUUGAAGGAGUUCCUAGGACAGGACCCACUAAUAUAACAAUUCUGAAUAUCACAAAGCAUUCAGCAUUUGUGAAGUGGUCUGAAAUAUCUGCUGAAGAUUGUAUGGGCUUUCUCCAGGGAUACAAAAUCAACUACAUAGAUUCAUCAAAGAAGAAGUUUUUAGCUGGUAGCAUCAACUCUUCUACUACAAGUUACCAUCUUACUGGACUUAAGGAAAAUACCAUCUACUAUGUACAGAUUUCAGGAUUCACUAAAGCUGGAGAAGGAUCACCAUCUUUUUCACAACCUUUCAGUACUCUAAAAUACGAAAAAGGAGAAUUUGAAGGCUUAAUGACUGGCCUUUGUUUCAGCAUGAUGUUUGCUCUGAUUUUUGUACCUAUGACAUGUAUUCUGAUGCUUAAGAGGUUGAAAAUAUCAUGCUGGUCCAGUGUACCAAAUCCAAGAAAGAGCAGUGCAAUCCAAGAAAUGAGCAAUUGGAAACCCUUUUCAAAAUCACUGCUUCAAACCCUGCCAGACAAUGAUACCACCAGCCUUUAUGUCAUAGAGAAUGAGAGAAAGGCUUGUUUGAAGCCAGAACACUUUACAGAUGGCAUAGAAGAUAGCAAGCAUGACAUCAGAGAGCCAGAAGAAUCUAGCAAUAAUAUAGGUAUAAAUAUAAUACACCCUGAAAAAAUGGUUACAAGAGAAAAAGAUGAGGUAAUUUCCAUCACAGUACCACUCAUGAGCGACUACACCAGCAUGGAGUGCAGCCAGAAAGCUCUGAUGAGUCUAACAGUGAAGCUGCCUGCAAGAGCUGCUCAUCCUCACCUGGAAAUGGAACUAAGUAGGAAGCCAGCACAAAUCGAGCAUCAGGUUUUGUUUGCUCCCCAGGACUACAUCAAACAAAGCCAGGUAGUAUUUUUGCCAUCAGAAACUUUGAUGGGACAAGUCAGUUUGAACUAAGGAAUCUUAAAACAUUCAAUUUUCAAAACCUCAGGUACAUGAAUGGAGGCAUUAGAACCAUAUAAGACAGUUGCAGUGUGACAAGGGCUGUGCUCUAGUUCAGUGAGCAUCCUUGCGAAAUAAAUUUACUGUACAAUCAGAUUAGAUAUUUCUCCAUGGUCAUUCUGCUGGAACUCCUCGUCUUAACAUAGGCAAAUUUUUCAGAGAACUGUAUUAAAACCUUUCUAUAUGGUACAUCUCCUUGUUCAUUCCUCAGACCAAGGGCACUCAGACACCCAUUUCUAGUCUUCUAGCCUAAAAACAACAUUUUCUAGUCAUAAGAAGAGCUAGCUAGAUGGUGUGACCAGUGUAAGAUCGGAUUUUCAAGUGUAAAAAUAAUGUUCUUUAGUAAAAAUUCUACAAAAACCACCUACCAUGACCAAGAAGCUCUCCAGUUAGUUGAGAGAAUGAAACAGUGAGAUGCUAUGAAUUUAGGAAUGGAAAAUGAUGCUCAUCCAUCUAUGGAAAGCACUUAAACUUAGAUGAAUAGUCCUGUUUAAGGAAAGAUGGUAACAAGUAUUAUUAUUACUGAAGUAUUACUUGCAUUAAGUUAAGGCUAUUUCUUCUUAUGUUCAUCUAUACAGCCAGAAAUCCAGUUAUAUUCUUGUGCAAGAUGUAGUUGCAGAUAUUAUUUCACCUUGUAUGCAAUAGCAAAAUCUGUGGUACAAAACUAAUGAGCUGAAUAGCUAGUUCACUUAGUCAUAGAGAAGAUGCCAUUGAAAUAUAUCCGCUAAAAGGGUCUCCUCUGUAUGAUCUAUAUGUGACUAUGUCACGUACCUCCACAAUGCACUGAGUCUGAACUGGUUUUACAGCUUACAGUGGCUUCUCUCUCACCCAAAAUCUCCAUAGGCAUUAAUGGUUUGAACUUAUUGUAGAAGAUUGUUACUGUUUUCCCUAUUCUGUGGAGCAUUUCAUUAAGAUUAUUGUGUGAAGAAAUAAGUUGAUCAACUUCUUAGCAUUGGAUGUUCCCUAGGCCUGGAGGCACAUAGGCACAGUGAUUCAUAGCAUGGGAUAACAUACUGCAAGGUUAGAAGGAUGUAGUAUUUCUUAUUUACAGAGAAAUGAAUGUAGUAUGUGGUGUUUAAUACGGACUGUGUAUUGAGCAGCAGUGGAAGGUUAAAAAAAAAAAGCAUCACAGUAUAAGACAAUAACAAGAAAGAAGAAAAAAAAUGUUGAAUGCUGGAGGUAAGUGAAUUCUCACAGGCCUGAUGUAACAGAGGGUAACAUCUGGCUAUAUGUCACCUUUUAAACGGGUAAGAUAUGCAUACAGCCUAGAUAAGGCCUAUGGCGAAAUAAUUGCAGUUGUGCAGUGCAAGAUGCCAGAGAAAGAGACAUAGGCGCGAAACAAAAUUGCUUUCACAUUUACAUUCCUGAAGAUGAGUUCUCAGUUCUCACAUUUCUCAGUUUUUCUCACAUUUCUAAAGUGUCUCAAAAGCUACGUAACACAGACAAAGAGAUUUGUGGAUGCCAAGUCAUGACACAUUACUGAAUCAGCUGUGACACCAAAAAGAGUAUAGUUACAGUAGUGAGUCAAUUAGCACCAGAAAACAGCAAAGUCAGUAUGCUGUUUUUUCUGGCAAUGAGAGUAAAUCAUUUUUACUCUUUUCAUUUCAUUCUUGAAGACUUUAAUGUAGUAUGAACACAGAGUUACAUUUUCCCAUGCUUUUUUUACACUUGAGUUGAGAUCAUAGUACAGUAACUAGACCUCACUCAAAAACAUGACAAUGUUUUUCAUAAAUGGGAAAUAUUGCCACUCAGCCUGAAACAGCAGAUUGCAGCAACCACAAUACUCCAGAUCUUCCCCCCGCCCUCCCCCCCCCUCUGUAUUAACUGUCAAGUAGAAUAAUAAGAACCACAGAAUGUCUAAAAUUUUGCUAAAAAUCAAAGCUUUGUUGGUACUCUGACAGCCUUAGAAGCCACCUUACAGCACAAUGGCACGUGCACUUGGACAGAGUCCUCUGUAGGCACAGUACAGGAGAAGCUCAUCAACUUGGUUCAACUCCAGCUACUACUACAAAAACUGUGAAGUAACAAACCAUUUGAUUAAAGCCUUCUAAAUACAAGAACAUCUCAGAUCUUCUGGAUGUUUUGCAGGCUCUUAGUUUACUUGUUUUCCUCUUGCUCAAUGAUUUUUUUUUCCUUAAAGAACUGUGUUUGCACUGUUUGAAUUAUGAUAACUGUGUUUUACUUACUGUAUUGGAGAUCUCUGUAAGAAAGCAGGUAAUAAAAUUCAGGACUGUUUGCAUCAGUCACUUCUGAACAUGGCUUGCCACUAUA